AUGUUUGACUCUGGUUACAAGUCACAGUAUAUUGGAGGCCAGAAGGAGAAGUUUGUAAGGUUGGAUGAUCUGGAUUCCAAUUUGUCUAUGUCAUCUGGUUCAAGUGGGAUGAAGAAAUUAAGAUUUAACUUAGAUUCUUUGCCUCUGCCUCUUCCUGGUCGUGGAAGAAAAAAAGCAUCGAAAUCCUUUAGGCUAGGAGUCAAGAAGGGUUCAGAUGGACUCAAGACAUUUGGAAGAUCACUCAAAAGUGGAGUCACUUUUGCAGUAUUCCCAGAAGAUCUUAAAGUCUCAGAGAAAAAAGUAUUUGAUCCUCAAGAUAAGAACCUUCUCUAUUGGAACAAGUUUUUCGAGAUUCUAUGCAUUUUUUCUGUAGCUUGUGAUCCAUUCUUCUUCUAUCUUCCUUAUUUCAACCACAAAUCAUUUUGUCUCGCCAUAGACAACAAGCUAGCACGUUUUGCCGUUACAUUAAGAACAAUAUGUGAUGUCGUUUAUCUUCUCCGCAUAAGUUUUCAAUUCCGCACUGCUUAUAUUGCACCUUCAUCUCGAGUAUUUGGACGAGGUGAACUUGUCAUUGAUCCUGCACAAAUUGCCAAGAGAUAUUUACAACGUUACUUCAUUGUUGACUUCAUUUCUGUGCUGCCUAUGCCACAGAUUAUAGUGUGGAAAUAUCUUUACAGAACAGGACGUGUAGAGGUAUUGGCCACAAAAACGGCACUGUUGAGAAUUGUCAUCUUGCAAUAUUUUCCAAGAUUUCUACGCUUUAUACCUUUAGCUUCAGAAGUUAAAAAAACAGCUGGUGUUUUCUCUGAAAACGCAUUGCUCGGUGCCAUGUACUAUUUGAUCUGGUAUAUGCUUGCUAGUCAUAUAACUGGCUCUGUCUGGUAUUUGUUAGCCAUCGAACGAAAUGACACAUGCUGGAAGAAUGCUUGUAAAGAAGUGGAUGGAUGCAAUACACAUUUCUUGUAUUGUGGGAGUUCCAACAAGCAUCUGACAGGGUAUGAAAGUUGGAGAAAUGUCAGCGAAACUGUUCUUAAAAGUCGCUGCUUUGUUGAGGAUGAUACCUCAGCAUUCAAUUAUGGAAUCUUCUCUCAAGCUAUACAGUCUGAUAUUGUGGCUUCCAUUGAAGUCUUUCCUAAAUUCUGUUACUGUUUAUGGUGGGGGCUUCAAAAUUUGAGUACACUUGGUCAGGGGCUUCUAACCAGUACCUACCCUGGAGAGGUUAUGUUUUCCAUAGUAAUAGCUAUUUCGGGGCUUGUCCUUUUCGCUCUUCUGAUUGGAAACAUGCAGACCUAUCUUCAAUCAAUGUCAGUUCGUCUCGAGGAAAUGAGGAUCAAAAGACGUGACUCUGAGCAGUGGAUGCACCAUCGUUUGCUUCCUCCAGAGCUAAGGGAAAGGGUGAGACGCUAUGACCAAUACAAGUGGCUGAACACUCGAGGAGUAGAUGAAGAGAGUUUGGUUCAAAGUCUACCAAAAGAUCUAAGGAGAGAUAUCAAACGGCAUCUUUGUUUGAAUUUGGUUAGAAGGGUUCCUCUCUUUGCUAACAUGGAUGAACGGUUGCUUGAUGCUAUAUGUGAGCGAUUGAAGCCUAGUUUGUAUACAGAAGCCACUUACAUAGUUAGAGAAGGGGACCCAGUUAAUGAGAUGCUCUUCAUCAUUCGUGGUCGUCUAGAGAGUGUUACUACAGAUGGAGGAAGAAGUGGAUUUUUCAACAGAGGUCUUCUGAAAGAAAAUGACUUCUGUGGAGAAGAGCUACUAACAUGGGCAUUGGACCCCAAAUCUGCCGCUAACUUGCCAUCAUCAACAAGGACAGUGAAGGCUAUAAAUGAGGUUGAGGCAUUUGCAUUGGAAGCAGAGGAGUUGAAGUUUGUAGCUUCCCAGUUUAGGCACAUUCACAGUAGACAGGUUCAGCACACUUUCCGUUUCUACUCACAGCAGUGGAGAACGUGGGCUGCAAUAUACAUCCAAGCUGCAUGGAGGCGGCAUUGCAGGAGAAAGAUUGCAGAGCAACGCCGGAAGGAGGAAGAAGAAUUUUAUGAUUCUGAUUGUGAAGGAAGUGAUGAUUCUGCAAGGGCCUUGGUCACGCGUAAUGCAUCUUCUUCUUCUUCUUCAAGGUUCGGACUUAGUGCAACCGUCUAUGCUUCUCGCUUUGCCGCCAGUGCCCUCCGUGGUCAUAGGCUUCGCGGUUCAAGUUCCAGGGAGCUGGUCAAACUCCAAAAGCCCCCAGAACCUGACUUCAGUGAUCUAGAUGAAAAUUGAUCCUCCUCCUCUUUCUGUUAAAAUGCA